GUCUCGUCCACAGAGCAUCAGUGUGCAUCGCGCCCGGCUGCAGCCGCCUCUUGUGCGUCUGUUGCUGGGAGCUCCGGCCAAUCAAAGCCGCUGCGCUCCCAUACAAGUAGUUCGGGGGCUGGAGGAGCGUGACAUCAUGCACGGCUCCGACCCUCUCCGCGAAAACAAAGGUUGAAACAUCCUUCUUUUUUUCUCCUUUCUCUCUCACUACGGCGAAACCGCGGUCGACGGCAGACAACGUCCCCACUGCGAUACACCGCGGGCCCUGCUGCGUCGAGGAGCGGCCCGUCCGCGCGUCCGUGCGUCCGUCCGGGGGAAUGGCGGAUGGAGAGGCCGCCGUGUCUGUGGGAGUGGGACGGCGGUGAUGGGGGAUUAGCAGCGUAACAUCCCACCUCUGCAGCCGCGUUUCCUCUGGUCAGCUCGGCAUCCAGCUCCGGACAUGGAUCCUGAGAAAAAGUUGACAUUCUGCCUCGGGCUGAAGGCUGAGGAGAUGACCAUUUCCCUGCAGGGGCUGGACGGCACCGAAGCUGCCACGGUGUCUGUUCCUCAGAAGGAGUCCGACAUGCGCAAGGUUGAUAAGGUGGUGAAGCCGCACCGGGGUUCUGGUAGCCAGCCUGUAGUCAGCACCAAGUACUGUCCCGGAGUCAACAACAGUCCUGGUUACCUGUGUGCGACCGGACACUGCUGCGGAGAGACAGGCUGCUGUACCUACUAUUACGAACUCUGGUGGUUCUGGCUUUUGUGGACGAUGCUGAUCCUCUUCAGCUGUUUCUGUGCUUACCGCCACCGCCGGGCCAAGCUGAGAAUCCAGCAGCAGCAGAGGCAGCGGGAGAUCAAUCUGAUCGCCUACAACGGAGCCUGCAACUACCCUUCCUCCAUGCUGGACCUCAGUUUUCUGGCUUCCUUCAAGUUGCCGUCCUAUGAGGAGGUGGCGGCGCAGCCCAGCACCCCUCCUCCACCUUACAGCUCUGUCUUCGCCCUGCAGGCCGGCACCAUGGGGGGUCCCAGCACGUCUUUUCCCCAUCACCACCACCACCGUAACCCCUGCCCUCCCUAUCUCGGCCCCGGCCCCAGUGGCAUGACCUCCUCCCAGAGCUCUGACAACUACACCAGCUGCUCCUGUGAGUCGUGCUCCCUCACCUCCCCCUCCAGCACCUCCUUCUCUGUCCAGGUGACGGACGAGACGUACGACAGCAGCCACCUCUCCACGCCCAGCGAUGCGGGGGGCGACUCUGCCUUCAUGCCAGGGAUGGGGGCCACUUUCACACUGACGCCCUCCCCGCCAAUUCCUUUGCAACUUCCACCUGCUGUUAUACCUGCGGCCACUCCAGACGUCAUACCUGUGCAGAGACGUUCCUCCCAUGGCAGUGGAGGAAUCUCGCCUGCGGCUCUGUCGCUGUCUCUUCCUCUGCGCUCUCAUCCUCCGCAGCCCUCUCGCCUCCCACUUUCUCCCCUCAUCCUUUCAUCUUCCCUCCCUCCUGGUCAAAUCCGCCCUCUUGUCCUCUCUGACCCACUUGGAAUCAUCGCUGUUCAGAAAGAGAAAGAAGGAGAGGCCUGCCCUCGUGGUCCAACCCCCAGGCUCACACCGUCUCGCCCUGGACAGGCUCUCCUCUCCUCAAAUGUGGCUCCGUUCGCUCAGUGCAACAGCAAAGAUGAGCAGAAACGAGAAAGAGAAGAGGAGGGAGACGACGACGACGACGACGACGAAGAAGAAGAAGACGAUGACGACGAGGAGGAUCAUUUCCGUCACCGACGACUAACGGGUGACUCGGGCAUUGAGGUGUGCCGCUGCCACGUGAAGAGAGAGCAACGGGCGGAGGAGGAACUGCAGAAGGGGCAUUUGCGUAGAGGAGGUAAAGAGGCCGCGAGGGUGGACGCGCUGCGCGACAGCGCGGACUGCUCCCUCCGAGCGAAGGCCAGCGGGCAGUCACCUCUCUCGGACGACGGCACUGAGCAGAGUGGGCGCGUCUCCUCGUCCUCCACUGUCAUCCAGAAGACGGGCGACGAGGCGGCUAUCACGUUGGAAGCCUCGUAGGCUGACAGGCCAGUGAGAUGUGGUCAAAGAAGUGGGGCGGGGAAAAAAAGUGAGAUGUUUAUGCUGGAUGGCAUCCUUGCAGCUCAAGACGAGUAGGUGAAAAAGUUGAAUCACUGAAGAAAAAGUCUUGUAGGUGUUGAUGGUUACAAGCCGAGAGACGGGACGAGAAGUAGAUCUCUACCUGUUUCCCCUGUAGCCCAUUUCAAAUGAGAACCUGACAGCUGAGAGUCGCGUGUUGUCAUUUUGGCUCACGUAAUUGGGUUUGUGGUUUAGGAGAAAGCGUAUCUUGUUCGCCAAAGUGAUGGAAAUCUAAUGGAAUUGUUCCUUCUCUUUCUCCUUCAUUUUUCAACAUGCUAUCCAAAUCCGUUUUCACAGGUAGCGUAGUGUCAACACACCCACAUCCCUUUACCGUUUACUUAAGAUCCCCCUGCUUGCUAAAGUAGCAUUUUUACUCCUUUCAGUGAAAUCCCGUAUUAUCAGUCGUUUCCCCACCAGAAGUUCAGGAGCCCUCAAAGGCGUCUAAAGAUAAAUCAGCGGCGUCGUGAGAGGAUUGACAGUAUAAGACCAAACGAUUAUAUGCAAAUCUUCUGGUUCUUCUCUAAUCUUGGCUGUUUUUUGUGCUCACAAUCAAAAAUAACUAAACUUAAACAAUCCGAUGAGCAAAAAUCAAUCUUUGAUGAAACUGCUGAUGACUAAUUGACAUAUGCAAUGUAAGAUGGAUCUCAACAAAAUUGUCUUUCAGUUUAAGGGGUUGUAUGGGAAAAAAGUUUGGAUCCACUGCCUCAUAGAAUGUACUAUAUCCUAUUUGAUCUGUAUUUGCAACCAUGAACUCGACUGGUUAUUAACAGACAUUUGAAUAACAAUAUUCUUGGAGUAAAUGAAGUAAAAUCGUUGGACAGUUCAUUUUUUCAAAAGACCAGAGUGCAAAUAAGUGUGAGAUUACCGGCCUUCCACCCUACGCACAAAUAUUGAUCACAAAAAUAUUCCAAAUGUUUGUUUUAUUUGUUUUAGGGUGAAUUUUUUGCUUUCACCAGCCAACUUCCCUCUGUUCAUCAGCAGAAAUAAUGACAGAAGGCCUGUGUUAUGACCGAUUCAACGUUUGUGGUUUUUAUACAUUAUGUCUUCUGUUGUUCCCUUAAGAAAAGAGGGGGUGCAAACAUUGAUUGAAAUGUAUAGGUGGCAAAGCUUUACAAUGGUAUUAUGGUUAUACAUUGAUGUUUCAAACUGUUACAUGAAUAUACUGUUUCAAUAACCAGACUGUUUUGACUUUGGAUGUAACGUGUUUGAACGUGUUCCCGGUCGGUCAUUGCCAUUUAUUUUUUUUUUUGCAAAGGCAAUGUAAAUCCGAUUCCUCCGCGGACGGACCGUUGAGUUUCUACAAGGCAGGGGACUUUAAGCCUAUAGGUUCACCACUGGUCAUGAAUGUAAAAGGUUAUGUGUCGCAACAACAUCAAAAAUAGAUCAUUUUAUUUGUUUACGGAGAAUCUUUUAUAGCAAGUUGCUUGACUGAAAAUUGUCUGGAGAAAAAGGGUCCAAACCUGCAGCGAGGCGACACACACACACACACACACACACACACACACACUGCCAGGUGUGGGCUUCGAGAAGAAGUGCCCUGUGUAACGCUUGUCCGAACUGAGUAAAUGUACGAGGUGAGGCUCGAACGUCGCAGUCAGUGUGAUGCGCUUUUUUUUCUCCGUGACUGAACAUAGAGCUGGACUGCUUUUCUCCAAAUGUGUCCUGGUUUGUAUACGAAACCACUCGUCAGUUGAUAUUCCAGUUGUGCAGCGUCCGUAAAGUCUUUGCCCGGGUAGGCGGAGUGUGAAACCCUCGAUUGACGCUCUGUACUACUGAGGAUUUAAUGGAGUUAGUGUCAGUGCGCAGUAGGAAUAGCACACACACAUAUUGUCUUGUGAUCAAUCCUCGGUACACAAUGUACUCAAGAACAGAGUUAGUUCUAGAGAGAGGAGAGAGUUUCUCAAAUCACAGUUUGACCAUGAUUGUCUUGGUGUAGUUUUUGUUUUUUUUACGAGACGAGGGUCUCUGCAGUUCGUCGGCUGGGGGACACUUCAGUGCGUCCUUGGCUCCGAGCGAAGCUGACUUUCCCGGGGGCAAUGUGCUUUCAACUCAUUCGUCGCUCUGUAGGCAGGGAACACCUUAUGUUUGUCAAAGACAAAUCCUGUGUGCGUGUGUGCUUUCAGAAGAAGUGUGUCUACAGGGAGUGCAAGUAUCGCAGUUUGGUUUUGUUACGAGGGUCAUCUUGAUGCGCUCCGUUCAAAACUCUUGUGCGGUGACUCACGGGUGUGUUACAGAGGUGACGGGGGGCGUUCACACCAACAGAGAGGCCUCGGGGCUGCUGUUCAUUUCUCUUGGCUCGAGGCAAAGACGGUUAUCAUUUUCAAUAGGUCUAGAUGAUUUGUCUUUUUUUCUAAUCCGAGUACAUGGUGCCUCGAUAAAGAUAGACUCUCUGUUAGGCGUCCUAUAGUUUAAUGCUGCUAUGUGAAUGUGUGUGUUUUCUGUAAACUGUGUAUAGUCGUGCAUCAGAUGGGCAAAGAUUUUCUAGCAGUGCUUAGCAGUCUCUUUAUAAAAUAUACACAGUACAUGUGAGACUUGCAAAAAUAGUAUUUAGCAAUAGUAAUCACACCUUUUUUUCCUUAUUCUAGUUGAUGCUGGUUGAUAGGAAAUUAACUUGUGGGGGGGGGGGACAAAAAAAGAAGAUAUUUACCUCUUCAUUUCUAAUCCGGGAGCUGUGCCGGGCAAAGGCCCUCGAUUGUACAUGACACAGCAUUUCAAUGCCUUUGGCUUAAGGUUUCUCCCGAGUGCAAACUCAGAUUAUCUGGUUUUCACUCUGCCCUGGUUUGUGCCUCUCGUGUAUUAACUUUACAUGCGAGUAACGGCAGAUAGGCAUGAAAUAAACAUCCUUCCACUGCGUUUUUAUAUGAAUAUUUUCAAUUGAAUUUCUUUUAUUUCACAUCGAGAUUGUAGCAGGAAAUUAGGCAUGCCCUUGCUCUAUUUGUGGGAUUAACUGAUAUUUAAUUGUUUUCUUUAUUUAAAAUGAUGCGUUUAUUUGGCACCAAUGUAUUUGUUAAAUCUUUUUUUAGUUGGAGGCCAAAAAUCAUAAAUUGUACAUGUGUUAUUUUCCUCCAGGUAUUUUGGUCUGGCCUUUAUAAAUUUGUAUUCUUUUUCCAGACCAGUAGUUGUAGUUGUCAUAUGUAGAAAUAACAAAAUGUCCAUUUACAUUUUUUUCGUGUUAAUACUUAAAAGGAAAUAUCAUAGGUAGGAAUAAAGUCGUGACAUAGGAAAAGAGCGAUUAAAAAAAGUCUAUUUUAAAAUCCAGAUGGACAGAAGAGUUGUUGCCGAACGACCUUUUGGGUUUUGUGACGAUCCUUUUGAUAUUGCUUUUUCAGAAACGCAGAUGUUUAGCUCUGUGACUUAAACAUAAUGGUAACACCCGAGAUUCACAAACUGGAGCCAGUUUGACCCCCGACUCCGAUUUCACAUCAAAGCCCAACUGAGCUCGGUGUAUACGGAACAGUUCAGUUUAGCACAGCGGCUCGUAUGUACGGACAAAAUGCCCCAACUCUACCCUCGUUGCCACAGUGGGCCAAGGCCUGUUUUAAGACUGUUACCUCGCCGAGUUUUGACUGCAAAGGACUGUUUACUUUUCCUUAUCGAGAUAGUAUCUACUCUAUAUUUGUACUGACUUUAUUUUGUAAUGCCAAGAAUUGAUGAACAGAAACAAGGAAAAAACACACAGAGCCCACAUUGGUACAGCUUAACUGGUUUGCACGGAAUAAACAAAACAUCAAACCCUGUUGAUUCAGGAAAUCUCAAGGCUGUUUGUCUCCUGGGAAACCAGGCGUUCUCCUUUUUACUCCUGCAGCUAUGGGACAGCAGGAUUUAUAGCAGUAUCUAUAUGUGAUUGUGUGUGUGGAAUCGUUCAGAUUAAUAUUACUACGAAACGUGGUGUUCUUUGAGGGUAUCUUUGUGCAAUUCUACCUGCAGCUCUUCAGUGUGUCGUACGUGUGUGAGGGAGCUAUUGUCAGCCGUGUUGUUGUGGUGUUUUAAUCAUUGUCGCUUAUUAUGAGGCCAAAGUUGUCGUCGGUAUUUGUUGACAUGAUAUUUGUUGAUAUGAACAUCCCGACAUCUUUAUGUCAUCGAGUUGAUUUCGUAUCUUGGUGUAUAGCGUAGCCAGAUUUCUGUUGCAUUCUCUGAUGUGAAAUCCAAACAAUGCGAUGCUGUCUCAUUUAUAGAUGUGUGAUUAAUCUGGUUGCACAUCUUUUGGUGCUUUUUCAGAUGGUGGGGUAUUUAGGUUUCUUCCAAUUGAGGUUUUUUUCCCCCCCAUUGGGAUGCUACCAUGAUGGACACUGACAUAUGCUCUACUUUAUUCAACAAAAAACUGUGGAUUUUUGUGUCAAAAUAAACAAGUGCUACCAAA